GGGCGCGGAGCCGGAAGUGUUGUGGCCGCCCCCGUCGCGCGUCGCGGAGGCACGUGUGGAGCCCCGGCGGCGGGAGCGUCGCAGGUCCUUGGCACUUGCCAGACAUUAGCACCAUGAGCUUCGUGGCAUACGAGGAGCUGAUCAAGGAGGGUGACACGGCCAUCCUGUCACUGGGCCAUGGUGCAAUGGUGGCAGUGCGUGUGCAGCGUGGGGCACAAACCCAGACCCGGCAUGGUGUCCUGCGGCACUCAGUUGACCUUAUCGGCCGCCCCUUCGGCUCCAAGGUGACGUGCGGCCGAGGUGGCUGGGUGUACGUACUGCACCCCACGCCGGAGCUCUGGACGCUGAACCUGCCGCACCGCACACAGAUCCUCUACUCCACAGACAUCGCCCUCAUCACCAUGAUGUUGGAGCUUCGGCCCGGCUCUGUGGUCUGUGAGUCUGGCACCGGCAGUGGCUCUGUGUCCCACGCCAUCAUCCGCACCAUUGCACCCACGGGCCACCUGCACACGGUGGAGUUCCACCAGCAGCGGGCAGAGAAGGCCCGGGAGGAGUUCCAGGAGCACCGUGUGGGCCGCUGGGUGACUGUGCGCACCCAGGAUGUGUGCCGCAGCGGCUUUGGCGUGAGCCACGUGGCCGACGCCGUCUUCCUGGACAUCCCGUCACCCUGGGAGGCUGUGGGCCACGCCUGGGAUGCCCUCAAGGUCGAAGGUGGGCGCUUCUGCUCCUUCUCGCCAUGCAUCGAGCAGGUGCAGCGCACGUGCCAGGCGCUGGCGGCACGUGGCUUCUCGGAGCUGAGCACCUUGGAGGUGCUGCCACAGGUCUACAACGUGCGCACUGUCAGCCUGCCACCACCCGACCUGGGCGCAGGCACAGAUGGCCCUGCCAGCCCUGACACUGGCCCCUUCCGCAGCGGCACGCCCAUGAAGGAGGCCGUGGGCCACACUGGCUACCUGACCUUCGCCACCAAGACCCCAGGCUAGGGCGCCGCCACCCAGGGCAUCAGGGAGCUGGGAGCACCGAAGGGCUGGGCAGGGAGGCCAGAGGCACCUUAUAUGGUCUGCAAUGCCUGACAGACACAGAUGGUGGGGCGGGGCUUGGGGGCCUCCUGGGUGGCCAGAGUGGGACGGCAGGAGGGGUGGCUAUGAUGGAGGAGGAGUGCUGGGGCUGGGCCUCAGCCAUUGCUGUCCAGUCCCGCGGCCCAUCCCAGCUGCUGUUUGUUGCCAAUAUGAAGUCUCCACUGUCACAGGCUCCCCUGGAUGUUGAGGCCAAAGGGUGCAGGUGGGGGAGUCUGACCCCCUCCCAGGUGGGCCUAAGCAGGAAGGGGGUGGGGGAGGGAGGGGGCAUUGUCCCCGAGGCCAUGCUGCAUCUGACUCCUGAGCCCCCACGGCCCUGGCUGCCCCACAGGGCCUGAGACCAUCUCGUGUUUCUCCAGUUCCCGGGCCGAGGCUCCAGCCUGGGCCAGAAGCUGGGGUGAGAUGACCCAGGAUCCCUGCCCUGCCCUCCCCAGUGCUAGGAGACCAGGCCAGCCCAGGAACCAGGGAGGUGACCCUGCUCUCUGGCCUUCAGGCUGAUGUUACAGCACUGGGCUCAGCCCAGGCCUGCGUCCACUCAAGUCCAAGAGGCGGGGCAGCCCCCACCCAGCCAGAGCCCCUUGACACAGGCCAGGCAGCGCUGCGGAGAGCAGCAGCAGAGCGGGUUGUUCGCCACAGGCGACCAGGCAGGCGUGUCGGGGCUAGGGUGUGAGUGCCAGCCUGUGAGUCCCGGAACUAUGUGGGCACCCCUACCCCUCACAGAAGCCAGGGGCAUGGAGGAGGCCCUCCCACGGGACAACAGUGUAGGGUCCAGGAGGUGUGUCCAGGACACCUUCCAGGGACAGUGCCUAUGUGAACACCUCUCAAAGGCUAAGGGGGCAUUUUCCAAAGCGGGGACAGAGGGUGGGACGCCCAGGCUGGGGGGCUGUCCUCGCCUGCCCUGGUGUGUGACAGCCUCAAGGGAGGACCGGUGCCUAUGUCAGCCAUGGGGUCCUUGGAGCUGCCACUGGUGCCUAGGGGGCCUGGGUUUCAGCCCAUGGAGUCAGCGGCUGUUGGGAGCCUCAGCGGCUGUAGGGGCCUUGAGUGCUGUGCUGGCAGGCGCCUGGCCCUGAGUGUCAGUGAUGAGCAAUAAACGUGCCGUCCCCUCAGUGCUGCAUGGUCCCUAGCGGCCAAGGCCACCCCCAACCGCUGUCCAGGCCGGCCCUGCCUGCGCUCUGCCCCGGUCCCUGCUCCUGCCUGUCCUGGUUUGGCAUGACGGGUGCUCCAGACUCCAGGACAAAGGGGCAGAUGUGUGGCCAUCCCCAUCUGGCUGCAGAAAAGCCCACUUGUCCCUGGGGUUGGGGUGGUCCAGGAGUGCUGGGCCUUCCUCCACAGCCCCGGGCUGGAAUAUUCAGUGUGGCUGCCUGGGUUACUUGCAUGAGCCCCUGAAGGAAGGGUCCACCCCAGGCCGCCUGGUCCCCACGAAGUGUCACACUGUGGGUCACUGGGGGCUGUGGCUUCUGUGGUCGGGGAAUCCUGUGUCCCUGAGAGUUGCUCAGCCCUGUUCUGAGGGCUUGUCCUCUCCCUCCAGGACACAAGCCUUCCCUCUAACCUUGUUCCUCACCUGGGGCACAGAGGAGGGGCCCCCGGUCAGGUUCAACAUGGAAGUGGGUGACCCUAAUGCCAGGAGCUUUGGGGUUAGGCUGUGCCUGGGGUGUCAUGAACUGGGUGGCUCACACCCCGAGGUCUCAGUUCCCCCAAGCCUGCCCUGCCCCUCCUGGCCACAGCAGAGGCCUGCAUGCUGCCUGACAGGUGAACACCAGGAGGUGUUUCUUUGAGGCGCAGCUCCUCGGCUUAUAGGACACGUAAGCCUCAGGCACUGUAGGGUCCAGGUUGUGCCCAUUUUCCAGCCAGGACUGGUAGCCCAUGUGGCGGCCCUGGGUGAGUCACCAGGAUCCGCACAUGGAGAGCGGAAUCCACCCUGAGUUGUCCCAGCCCACCCUUAGUUGUCACGUGGGACAGAGUCGCUGUCUCAAUCCUCUCGGCCCUGCUGCUCUGCCCUGCACACAGGCCCCCAUGACGACCUUGAGCCUCCAGGCAUCCACCGCCACCCACCAUAUAGCUGGGCCUCACCCCACUCCCUCAGCUUGGAUCCUCACCUGGCCUUGAGCCAGCCUUAAACUCCUGUAUGUCCUUCAA